AUGGCCACGGACGAGCUGGCCACCAAGCUGAACCGGCGGUUGCAACUGGAGGACGAAGGCGGCAGCGAGACGGCGGAGCAGCCUGGCCUGAAUGGGGCAGCGGCGGCGGCAGGGGCGACCGACGAGGCGGCGGAGGCUCUGGGCAGCGCGGACGGCGAGCUGAGUGCCAAGCUGCUGCGGCGCGCCGACCUCAACCAGGGCAUUGGCGAGCCCCAGUCGCCCAGCCGCCGCGUCUUCAACCCCUACACCGAGUUCAAGGAGUUCUCCAGGAAGCAGAUCAAGGACAUGGAGAAGAUGUUCAAGCAGUAUGAUGCCGGCAAGGAUGGUUUCAUCGACCUGAUGGAGCUGAAGCUCAUGAUGGAGAAACUUGGGGCCCCCCAGACCCACCUGGGCCUGAAAAACAUGAUCAAGGAAGUGGAUGAGGACUUUGACGGCAAGCUCAGCUUCCGGGAGUUCCUCCUGAUCUUCCACAAGGCAGCAGCAGGGGAGCUGCAGGAAGACAGUGGGCUUCACGUGCUGGCCCGCCUCUCUGAAAUCGAUGUCUCCACCGAGGGCGUCAAGGGGGCCAAGAGCUUCUUCGAAGCCAAGGUCCAGGCCAUCAACGUGUCCAGCCGUUUCGAAGAGGAGAUCAAGGCAGAGCAGGAAGAGAGGAAGAAGCAGGCCGAGGAGAUGAAGCAGCGGAAAGCAGCCUUCAAGGAGCUGCAGUCCACCUUCAAGUAG